AAGAAGAAUUGCCUGAAGAAGAAGAGAACGAUACUGAGGUAUCUGGAGACGAGGACGAAGAGACCAUUGAAGACGAAGAAGAAGAAAACGACGAAGGUUCUGAGUCGGCUUCGUCAGCAGAGGAAGUUUCCGAUGAUGAAUCCGCUGUCGUCACAUCGAAGCAGAAGUUAUCCGGAAAAGAGAGAAGAAAAGCCAAACGUACCGAAAAGGCGCAACCUGUGCCACCAAAAAAGAAAUCAGUCUCGUUUGCCCCUUAUACCAAAGCUGGUGCAAAGGUGCGAGUCACAAAUGCCAAAACUAGUGGGAAAUUGUCAAACCAAAAACAUAUCAAUGUGGUUCAUAAAGGGCAAAAGGGAAGAGUUCUCUCAAAAACAGCUGCCGUUGCAGGGGAGAGCGACGCUUACGACUUCUCGAAAUACUUUUGA